CCCCGCCUGGGCCGCCCCGCUAGCCCCGCUAGUGCGUUGUUGCUUCCUGGCUAUUUUGCAGUUUGUCACUGGAAAACAAAAACACGGAGGACGGCGACGUCUCCAGGUGGACCCAGUGCCGCGGGCGUCCAGGUGGCCAGCGGGGCACCGACCGCUGCAGCGUGACCGCGCACUGCGCGUCCAGGGGCUCGGGGCAAGCUCUCCCUGCUCUUGUCGAGGUUACGGCGGCCUUCUUGAUGGUAUAAUGCGGCUGCGGACGGACCCCGCCCAGGCGGCCAACAUCGGCUAUGCCUACCGCACGCCGUCCAGCGGCUGGGCCGCGCGAGUGCGCCACGUGCUCGUGCAGUUCAGCGACUACUUCAGCGAGUUCAACCGCUACAUCGCGCCGGCCUACCACCACGACCGCUGCGAGAGGUCGGUGCAGAUGCGCCUGUACACGAUGCACAAGCGCGAGCUGAUGGUGGUGAUCCUGACGUUCGUGGCGUGCGUCUUCCUGGCCGUGCUGGUGGGGCUGUGCGGGCCGCCCAUCACGGCGCAGAGCGAGAUCCGCGCCACCAGCCUGCGGCCCUCGCUGUCCCCCCAGGAGCUGGCGUCCGCGUCCACGCCCAUGGUGCUGCGCACGCCCGCCCUCAAGUCCUACCACCAGCAGCUGUGGCUCAUCGCCAAGCUGCAGACCGACAACGUGGACGACGAGCUGUACGACAGGGCGGUGCACAUCGGCGUGACGGCACACGGCAUCAUGGAGGACCACCGGCCCGUGCUCAUCCUCAAGGCGGACCGCGGCCACAACCGGACGCGGCACCUGCACUGCAAGCUGCAGGACUGCGAGGAGGUGGUCAUCAUGCACCUGGGCUUCCUCGCCUACACGCACUACAUGGUGGAGAUCCGGUUCUACGGCCUGGAGAGCCACACCUUCAACGUCAAGGAGAUCACUUUCUACUUCCGCACCUACAACCCGGAGUUCACGCAGAUCGAGAUCUGGUUCCGGCUCAUCUUCCUCAUCAUGACGUUCGUGGCCAUGAUGAUGUAUGCCCACGCCCUGCGCAAGUUCCCCUCCCACGACUGGUCCAUCGAGCAGCGCUGGCUGUCCCUGCUGCUGCCGCUGCUGGUGUUCUUCAACGACCCGAUAUUCCCGCUCAUGUUCCUGACGAGCUCGUGGGUGCCGGGCAUGCUGGACGCCGUGCUGCAGGCCACGUUCCUGUGCGCGCUGCUGCUGUUCUGGCUCUGCAUCUACCACGGCCUGCGCCAGAAUGAGCGUCGCUGGGGCUCGUUCUACGCGCCCAAGCUGCUGCUGGUGGGGCUGCUGUGGCUGGGCGCGGUCGUCAUGGCCUCCUGGCAGAAGUGCAACGAGCUGCACGACCCCACCUUCAACCACCGCGUCGACGCCGCCGACUACAACGGCUACAAGGCCUUCCUCAUGGCUGUCGGCGGGCUGUACGCGGUGUACCUGCUGUUCCUCAUGCUCAGGGCGUACACGGACCUCCGUUCGAUGCCGUUCUUUGACAUGCGCCUGCGCUUCCUGACCUUCUUCAUGAUGGUGGUGAUCGGGGUGACGCUGACGCUGGCCGGCAUGCGCUACGGCGCCGGCGUGCUGGAGGACGACUUCGUGUCGGAGCUCAGCACCACCUACACCAGCUCGGCGCACUUCAUGUGCUUCUACGGGCUGCUCAAUUUCUACACCUUCGCCAUGGCCUACGUCUACUCCCCGGCCCAGAUGCAGCCUCAUGACCAGGCGCUGACGAAGGACAACCCGGCCUUCUCCAUGAUCAACGAGUCCGACGAGGAGCAGGUGCUGUACGGCUCCGACGACGAGUGCCGCCGCCCGCUCAACCUGUCGCGCUGCAACGAGGCGGAUGACAGUGACUAGCGCGCCGACAGAAAUAUCUUUUUUUAACUCAAAGAAUAGCGGAGUUUUGUUCGGAGGGAGUGAGUCAGGUUGCCCGCCUAACUACAGGCGGGUUGAAGUGGCGGCUCGCCAUAAGGGCUCCCCAGGGGCGGCCCCCAGGGGUGGACCUCCUGACACCCUCCGCUACGCCGCUACGCCCCGGCACACUCAUUCCGAGAGUCGCUGUCGUCGCUCUGUCUCUCUCGCACCGAUACGGGACGCGCCGUGAGUGCGAGAGAGACAGCGCGACGAAAGCGACUCUCGGAAUCAGUCUGCUGGCGCGGGGCAAAGGCCUCGCGGGGCGGACGGCCUAGGACGGCCCGGCCGGUACUCUGAGGAAAACUCUUUGAGCAUUAGCAUACACGCACAGGCCGGGCGUUGAUUUAAAUAUCAGGGGCAGGAAUUAAAAUUGGAGAUCCGCGCUGGAGCCCCGCCCUGCCCGCCCUGCUGCCUGGGGCGUGCGCGUUUUUGUUUUUCGCAGUGGAGGGGCCGGGCGCACA